UGGCCAACAAACAAAGGACACAGUAAGUAAUCAAAACAAGCUCCAACGAUGGUGCUGGUGCGUCACGCAUGGGGGGAAGGGGAGGAAGGAACCGCAGCGGCGAUGCAGCAGACGCCCGCACGACAGCCAAGCCAGGACGUGGCGCUGCCUCGACGGCAAAGGCCAAGAUCCAUUUCUCCAAGGAAAAUUCUGAGCAGCAGCACCACCACCAGCAACACCACCAGCAACAACAACCACAAUAACAACCACAAUAACAACAACAACAGUGACCACAGCAUCAACAGUGUCAGCAUCAGGGAUGUCAACUGGCGAUGGCUGAUGGGUGGAAUCGUAGUUGCCCUGAUUGCCACACGGUGCAUUCUGAGUGCGUGCCCUCGUCGAGGACAGGAUGUGGGAUCGAGCUCAGGUUUGCAGCAAGUCGGGCCGUCUCCACUUGAGACAUUUUCCGCCAAGUACCCACAUUACUCCCACCACCGGCAGCUUGCCAGCUUGCUCAAGCUCAUCAGUGGAGAGAACACCAGCGGCAAGGCAACGACAGUGGCCAUUGUUGGCCCAGAUGAUGAGCUUGGCCGGGAACUGCUCCGCGUAUUGACAGCCGGACAAACCACGCAAACAGUUGAUGGCAACGUGUGGCGUGAGCGAAGCGCAAACGAUGGCCCAUCCUGGCGACAGUGGUACGCACACAGCACCCAAGUGUGCGCACUCAUACACGCACACACACAUACACAAACACACACGCACACACAAACACACACACACACAAACACACAAACACACACAUGCAAGAACAUAGUAACGCCGCCUUGCGUCCUUGUCAUUUGCGCGGAUUUUUGCACUGCAUGGCACUGCUUGCAUCGCAUAUGUCAUGGUUGCGAUUGGUUUCCAAGGGUAAUCGGUCAGAUCAAGCCCGUGCUUGAGCAGAGCCCGACAGCUGUGAUUGUCAUGGAGAACCUACCAGAAGAGCAAGGGGCACUUGAUCCACUGCACCACUGCUUCAACGACAAGAUGCCGCUGCUGGUUGCUGGGAGUCACGUGUCCUGCCAGCACGCAACCUUCAUCUUCGUUAUUAAGGAUUGGCCCACAGCGACAAGCGCGGGCGUCGCAGAGUUAGCGGCAGCGUGCAGUGACACAUCGCCAAGCCGGUGCUCCCAGUUGCUAUCGGGAGAGCCAAUGCAUGCGCUCAUGACCUCGCCAGCGGCGAGAGAAAAGAACCAUCUGAUUGACACGCGCGCAACACAGCGACGGGUGCGAUGGAUCCUCCCAGCCAUGCACAGCAGUCGUGGUGAUGGUGAUCAAGGGGUGACGAUGAAGAGGUGAUGAUGACGACGACGACGAUGAUGAUGAUGACGACGACGAUGAUGAUGAUGAUGAUGCUGGGAGAUUAGAGAGGUGGAUCAACCAGUGAAGGUGCGUGUGUUUGUUGUUGCUGUGUGUGUGUGUGUGUUUGAGAAGGGGACGACAGGCUGGACUGCACGGUGAACGUCGUGUUCAGAGAGACAAGCGUUUCACUACCGGAGCACACGGUGACGCUGGCAAUAGCAACACCAGCACCGACACCACCACCCAAUACGGCCCCUUCCUGUGCUGAAUGGAAGACUGCAGAUGGAUUGGAUCAGCUCAUCGCCAUUCCUGUACCUUUGUCAGUUACAUUUCUGAUGUGUGCACGCGCGCUGUGGCGUUUGAGGCGGCUGAUGUGCUGGUUGCGACUGCGUCAGGUCGCACGUUGAUUGGUGUGCGUGCGGGCAUGACUUUCAAAACGCCAUCUUGUUGUUACAUUACACGACACACUCCAACAUCAUUCCAGACGCGAUGGUGUGGCAGGUAGUUUAUUUGCAAUUAAACACAAGGUCACGCCA